AACGUUUCUAAAAAAAUUGUCCACCAUUUGUUUCACUUGUCCACCGAAGCACUAUCUAUAUUUCCCUGAAUCGUACUAGGUUUUUCUUUUCCCCCUAAAUCCCUGAUUUUUGAUUCAUCCCCUUUCUCCUUCUCACUAUACGUACUUCACUCAUAUUCUGCAAUUCCACUUUUUCUUUCUUUCUCUUCUUCAAUUAACACAUUAACCACCACACUCACACAUUCACAUUCUCCAAAAAUGGAUCUCCUCAACCAAUACUCCGAUCCAGAUUCAUCCGACGACGAAAACCCUAACUCAACCGACCACCACGAUUCCUCCCCACCUCGCCUCCUUCCUUCCCGUUCCGCCGCCCCCAAAGUCGACGACACCAUGCUCGCCCUCUCCGUCGCCGACCCUAAAACCCUCUCUAAACCCAUCGACCCAACUCAACACGCCGUCGGCUAUAACCCUACCUACGACCAGCUCUGGGCUCCCAUUCAAGGUCCAUCUCAUCCUUACGCUAAAGACGGUUUAGCACAAGGUAUGCGUAAUCAUAAGCUAGGGUUUGUUGAAGAUGCUAACAUUGAACCUUUUCUAUUCGAUGAACAGCAUAACACUUUUCUUAAAUUCGGUUAUGCUGCGGAUCCGUCUGCGUCGAAUUAUGUUGGUGAUUUUGAUGCUUUGCAGAAGAAUAAUGCUGCUUCGGUUUAUAAUAUUCCUCACCGUGAACAGAAGAAGCGGAGAAUUGAAGCUGAGAAGAAGAAGGAAGAGAAUGGUGAUGAAGAAGAUGAUGAUAACAAUAAUGAUGGUGGGGAAGAUGGUGUUGAGAUUGAAAAUCCGGCUUCGGAGGCGUGGUUGUUGAAGAAUAAGAAGAGUCCUUGGGCUGGGAAGAAGGAAGGUUUACAAGGAGAGUUAACGGAGGAUCAGAAGAAGUAUGCGGAAGAGUAUGCGAAGAAGAAAGGUGAAGAGAAGAGUGGUUUUGGUGGUGAAAAGGUUGAGGCUGUUAAAGAUAAGAGUACUUUUCAUGGUAAAGAGGAAAGGGAUUAUCAAGGUAGGUCUUGGAUUGCACCUCCUAAAGAUGCUAAAGCGAGUAAUGAUCAUUGUUUUAUACCGAAGAGAUUGGUUCAUACUUGGAGUGGACACACGAAAGGGGUUUCUGCUAUUCGGUUUUUCCCUAAGUCUGGUCAUUUGAUUCUCUCUGCUGGUAUGGAUACAAAGGUUAAGAUUUGGGAUGUUUCCAAUACUGGAAAAUGUAUGAGAACUUAUAUGGGACACUCGAAAGCUGUUAGGGAUAUUUGUUUCACCAAUGAUGGAACUAAGUUUUUGAGUGCUGGUUAUGAUAAGAAUAUCAAGUAUUGGGAUACUGAAACGGGGCAAGUCAUAUCGACAUUCUCAACCGGGAAGAUCCCUUAUGUCGUAAAGCUUAACCCAGAUGAAGAUAAGCAGAAUGUUUUGUUGGCUGGUAUGAGCGACAAGAAGAUUGUUCAGUGGGAUAUGAAUACUGGACAGAUAACUCAAGAGUAUGAUCAGCAUUUGGGGGCUGUGAAUACCAUUACUUUUGUUGAUAACAAUAGGAGAUUUGUUACUUCCAGUGAUGACAAGUCACUUAGGGUAUGGGAAUAUGGUAUUCCUGUGGUUAUAAAGUAUAUUAGUGAGCCACACAUGCAUUCUAUGCCAUCCAUUUCCCUUCACCCCAACGCAAAUUGGCUCGCUGCGCAGAGUUUGGACAACCAGAUACUUAUUUAUAGCACAAGGGAGAAGUUUCAACUUAACAAAAAGAAGAGGUUUGCUGGACACAUCGUUGCUGGAUAUGCUUGCCAGGUCAAUUUUUCGCCGGAUGGACGCUUUGUUAUGUCGGGAGAUGGUGAGGGUAAGUGUUGGUUCUGGGAUUGGAAGAGUUGCAAAGUCUUCAGAACUCUCAAGUGUCAUGAAGGUGUUUGCAUUGGUGCGGAGUGGCAUCCUCUGGAACAGAGCAAAGUAGCAACGUGUGGCUGGGACGGGUUGAUAAAGUACUGGGACUAGUUUCUUUUGUUCAACGAUGCCUGUUGCUGGACAAGUAGCGAAAGUAGAGUACACAAAACACUACUUGACUACAAAAGCAGUAGCAACAUAAUGGAUUCACCUGUUGAUGUGGUGUUCCUUGGCUUAAUUUGUCAGUGGCACUAAUUGAAUAUUAUCACGAGAUCUCUCUUACACUGAUCAAGACACUGUCGCCAAGCAUUACGUGCUAAUUGCACUGUUGUAGUACCAUAACAGAGUUUUUUAUGAUGUUUUUUAGACUUUUGUAUAAUAGUCAUUUAAGUUAGAUAUUUACCAGUUGGAAAAGUUCCCUGUCAUGUUGCAGUUUAAUUAAGUUUUGCGAUUGGGGUUGUGAAUAAUUUUGUAGGAUUUUUGACAAUACAUUUAUGGGUUGAUCAGGGAUGAUCCUCUGACUAUGGCACAUUGGUAUUUUGGUGAUCUUAUAUGGCGAUAUCGAAAAUCCGCAAAGUACUCCCUCUUUUGAUUAUUACAUUAUGCUCCGAUUCAGUUGUUAAUGCCCCUAGGUAUUCACCCCUUACCCCUUUGGUGCCUCUGGCUGUAGUGUGUACCCUACACUUUCUUAUAGCAUCUUCAAUGUCAUUUUGUAAGGAAUCCAUUUUGAGUUUCAA